AUGUCGGUAUUCAUAAGUUCAAGUAGUAUACCAAUAGGUUAUACAACUCCAGAAUUUCCUUCAAUUUUUUGGCCAAUUGGUCCAACUAGACAAUCAUAUUUAAAUUCAUAUUUAUAUUAUUCAUGGGAUAUAUGGAGAUUUACAGUAUAUUGGUCUCUUAUUUUAUCAGGUUCUUUAUAUUUUUGUGUUGGAUCAUUAGCUAUGUUAAGUUCAAUUAUAAAUAAUUAUAGACAUAAAAUUCCUAUACAAUCAUUUAAAAUUAUAACAUUUAUAUUUGUUUUUUUAUUUUAUAUAUUUAUUGGAUUAUUAAAGGGAUUUAUUGGUGGAGCUAUUAUUGGAGUUAUAUUGGCUGCUAUUUAUCAAGCAGGCUCUUUAACUAUGAGUUGUUGGAUUCCUUUAACUUGGUCUAUUGCUCAAAUUUUAUAUGAUAUUGCUUCUUCAUAUUCAAUAAGUUCAAUAAUUUUAUAA